GUUAUAGGUUUAUGUUACUUAAGUUAUCUACAUAUUUCUUUAUUUAUAUUUAAGAUUAUAGUAUAUUAUAAGGAUGAUCAAUCACUUCCAUUAGUUUCAAAUUACUAUGACUAUUCACGAAGAAAAAGACAGCUAACAAAUAGUAUACUGCGCAAAAAUGUAAAUUGAACCAUACUACUAAAUAUUCCCUAUAUAUUGAAUAUCAUGGAAGAAAAAACAAAUUUUCUUAAGUUUCGUAGAUGCAUUUUGAUUUUUUAAUAUUCUUUCCAGUAUUUAAUUAUAUAAUUAUCAAUCAAUUGACAUUAAUUGUAGAAGUCUCAGUUUCCAUAAUUGGUCUAAAAAUUUAUAUUUUUUUUGUUAAUUAAAUUUUUGUUUCCAAGCAUUACUUGUCAACGUCAUACGUUCAUUGGAUAAUAUAGUGUAGCGUAGUAGGGAUUGAUGUGGUGGUGCGGGGGUACCACCACCUCUCUGUGUAAUCUCUUCGCACAAAAUGGCCGCUCAUUGUUUGUCUCGUACCGUUUUCCGCACUCUCGUACACGUUUGUAACUAAAAGUUGAUCGGUCUCCGUUUUAUUUAAUUUUCUGAAAUUGAAUUUUGAUAUCCAAUGCCUUGUUGAAUGUAGUAGAUUUUUGUGUGUUAAACUCGCAAUAAUUGUGCCCAUCCGCGAAACGCAUGCGAGCUAGCUGUUCCACUUCACCUCCUCACCUUGACUGUCCAACAUUGGUCUCAUUUAGGUGAAACGACGGUUUUUAAUAAUUUUAACUUUUAAACAAUCCGUUAAAAAAUGUAAUAUCCUUAACACUUAAAAAUUGGUUCUUUUAUUCAUACUCCAGUGCUGCCUUUUAAUAAACAAGACUGUUAAAACUACCUAAAAUGCAUCAGAAUGCUUCAGAAGAUGACUCUUCAGAUUCUGAUCAAAAUAAUGAGAACUCUGGUUCAUUAUCAUCAUCUAGUUCUGAAAGUCAAUCUCAACACAGUGAACCAGCUUCUCAAGAAGCUAAUAGUUCUGAACAAUCAACAGAAGAAUGUAGUCCUUCAGAACGUCCUAAACGUUUGACUAAAACUUCAUUAAAACUUAGUGAAAGUGAUGAUUCAAGUGACUACAGUUCUCAAGUAACCAAAACCACGAAGUCAAAAAGUGAUAGUUCAGACUAUGAUUCUGAAACUGAUAAAGAAGAAGUACCUCGUAGUAAAUCAUUAGCUUCAUUGCGACGUCAAAAACAGCCAACUAGACGACCUAUAACCAAAGUAAAUCCACGAUAUAAGCGGAAAGAUAAUAGUUUUAGUGCCAAUAGUGAUGAUGAUUAUAGUAAAUCUAGAAAUGCCCGACGGAGACCUGCGACAGUCAGUUACAAAGAAGAAAGCGAAAAAAGUGAUAGUGAUGAUUACCUGGAAAGAGAGGAAGUUGAAGAAAAAGAAGAAGAACCUCCUGAUACAUCUGAGACAAUAGAAAAAGUGUUAGCACGAAGACAAGGUAAAAGAGGUGUUGUUGGAGCUAUAACAACUUUUUAUGCAGUUGAGGAUAAUGGAGAUCCUAAUAUUGAGUGUGAACCCAGUGAAAAAGAAACUCAGUAUUUGAUUAAAUGGAAAGGCUGGUCACACAUUCAUAACACUUGGGAAUCAAUAAAUUCACUUCAAGUCCAAAAAGUUAAAGGGCUUAAAAAAAUUGACAACUUUGUGAAACGUGAAGAUUCUAUCAAUGCUUGGCGUAAUCUAAUGACACCUGAAGAUUCUGAAUAUUAUGAAUGCCAACUUGAACUUCAACAAGAUUUAUUAAAAAGCUACAAUACUGUUGAAAGAAUAAUAGGGGAAUCAAAAAAUAAUGCAAUACAAAAAGAAUAUUAUGUGAAAUGGCAAUCAUUACCUUAUAGUGAUGCAACAUGGGAAGUUGCUUCAUUAAUAGAACGCAAAUGGCCCAAGCAAAUUAAGGAAUUCAGAGAUCGUGAAAGCUCUAAAAGAACGCCAUCUAAAGCGUGCAGAGCCUUAAAAUAUCGUCCAAAAUUUGUUCAGCUAACCGAAGAACCAGAAUAUUUUGGUGGUUAUGAUGAGAAAUUGAUUCUGCGGGAUUAUCAAUUACAUGGUGUGAAUUGGCUUAUUCAUUCAUGGUGUAAAGAUAAUUCUGUAAUUCUUGCUGAUGAAAUGGGUCUUGGUAAAACCAUUCAAACUAUUUGUUUUCUUUAUUAUUUAUUUCACAACUAUCAAGUUCAUGGUCCAUUCCUAGUAGUUGUUCCUUUAUCAACUAUGCCUUCUUGGCAACGAGAGUUCAGCUUAUGGGCUCCAGAUAUUAAUAUUGUUACAUACAUUGGAGAUGUUGAAUCUCGAAACAUUAUACGUGAAACCGAAUGGUGUUUUGAGAGUUCUAAAAGACUGAAAUUUAAUGCUAUUCUUACUACAUAUGAAAUUGUGCUCAAAGAUAGUUUACUUUUAAACAGUCUUAGUUGGGCUGUUUUGAUGGUUGAUGAGGCACAUCGUUUAAAAAAUGAUGAUUCACUUUUAUACAAAGCACUUCAAGGUUUUGAGACUAAUCAUAGAUUACUUAUAACAGGAACCCCUUUACAAAAUAGUUUAAAAGAAUUGUGGGCCUUAUUGCAUUUCAUUAUGCCUGAAAAAUUUGAUAACUGGGAAGAAUUUGAGCACAUGCAUGACAAUGCAGCCAGUAAAGGAUAUACAAAACUUCAUAGACAACUAGAACCUUAUAUUUUACGUCGUGUUAAAAAGGAUGUAGAAAAAUCAUUACCAGCUAAAGUAGAACAAAUAUUAAGGGUUGAAAUGACUCCUGUUCAAAGAAAAUAUUACAAAUGGAUUCUAACAAAAAACUAUAAUGCUUUAAGAAAAGGAUCUAAAGGAUCAUCUACAACAUUUUUAAAUAUUAUGAUAGAAUUGAAAAAAUGUUGUAAUCAUGCUCUUUUAACAAAACCUCAAGAAAAUGAAAACACAGCUGAUGACAAUCUCCAGAGUUUAUUACGUGGGUCUGGCAAACUAAUGCUUCUUGAUAAAUUAUUAGUACGUCUGAAAGAAACUGGCCAUCGAGUAUUAAUCUUUUCUCAGAUGGUUCGAAUGUUGGAUAUUCUUGCUGAGUAUCUAAGUUAUCGACAUUUACCAUUUCAAAGACUUGAUGGUAGUAUAAAAGGAGAUAUAAGAAGACAAGCUUUGGAACAUUUCAAUGCUGAGGGAUCUCAAGAUUUUUGUUUCCUAUUAUCCACUCGAGCUGGUGGUCUUGGUAUUAAUCUAGCUACAGCUGAUACAGUCAUCAUAUUUGACUCUGAUUGGAAUCCUCAAAAUGAUUUACAAGCUCAAGCACGAGCUCAUAGAAUUGGACAGAAGAAUCAAGUUAACAUUUAUAGAUUAGUUACCAAAGGAUCCGUUGAAGAAAACAUUGUGGAAAGAGCCAAGCAGAAAAUGGUUUUAGACCACUUAGUAAUUCAACGAAUGGAUACUACUGGUCGUACAGUUUUAGACAAGAAAGCAAAAAAUGCAUCAAUUCCUUUUAAUAAAGAUGAGUUAACGGCAAUAUUAAAAUUUGGAGCUGAGGAAUUAUUUAAAGAUGAACCUGGAGCAGAUGAAGAUCCUAUAUGUGAUAUUGAUGACAUUUUACGACGCGCUGAAACACGAGAUGAAGCUCCAACAACCGUUGGUGAUGAACUAUUAUCAGCUUUUAAGGUUGCUAGUUUUACAUUUGAUGAAGAAAAAGAAAUAGCUGAUAAAUCACCUAGUGCUCAAAAUGAUUCAGAAAAUAAAGAAUGGGAAGAAAUUAUUCCUGAAACAAUAAGAAAAAAAGUUGAAGAAGAAGAAAAAGCAAAAGAAAUGGAGGACCUUUAUUUACCUCCUAGAAGUCGAAAAACAUUACAAAAAGUUAACCAAGAAGAAAAAGGUGAAAAAUCUAAAACAAAUGAAUCUGAUGAUUCUAGUUAUGAUGGUAGUGAUGAAGAUCAACCAAGGAAACGUGGUAGACCUCGUGUUGGAACCAAAGAAGUAGUUAAAGGUUUCACUGAUGCAGAGAUUCGAAAAUUUAUUAAAAGUUGUAAACGUUUCCCUAAUCCAAUGAAACGUAUUGAUGCAGUAGCUGGCGAUGCUGAUCUACAAGAAAAGCCUAAAUCAGAAUUAAAAAAAUUAGUUCAAAUGUUAUAUGACCGCUGCCAUGAAGCUUGCAAUAGUGAAAACACCGAAAAAGAAUCUGAUAUUAUUAAUGAAGAAGGUGUCAAAAAAAGAAAUAGAGGGCCUUCAAUUAAACUUGGUGGUGUCGCAGUCAACGCUAAAAGUGUAUUGGCUUGUAGUGAAGAAUUAGAUGUUUUAGAUGAUAUUAUACCAUCAGAUGAAGAAGAGAGAUUUAAAUGGACUUUAGAUUUAAAGCGUGUCAAAUCUGCUAAUUUUGAUUUUAACUGGGAUAUAACUGAUGAUUCUAAAUUAUUAAUUGGAAUUUAUCUCUAUGGACUGGGUUCAUGGGAAGCAAUAAAAAUUGAUACUGCUCUGGGUCUUAGUGACAAAAUAUUAUCUAAUGAAGAUAAAAAACCUCAAGCUAAACAUUUACUAGCCCGUUCUGAAUAUUUACUGAAAUUGUUGAAAAAAAAUCAAGUUUUAGUUAAAGGAGAUCCAAGACCUAAGAAAGCUCGUAAAGUUAAAGAAGGAAAAUCAAGAGAAGUAAUUGACGAUGAUAGUACUGAUAAUGAAAAUGGAAACAAGAAAAAAACAAUUGAUAGUAAUCCUAAUCAAGAUGAAAAGUUGAAGUUAAAAAAAGAUGUUAAUACAACAAAAUCUACUUUAACUGGAUCACCAAAGAAAGAAAAAAAACGUAAAAUUACCACUAAAACAGGUCCCAUGCAUUUUACUGCUAAUAGUGAACCUAAGGCUGUUAAUGUAGAUGAUAUUGUUGAAUUGCCAAAAGAUACAUUUUUAGAGUGUAAAGAAAAAAUGAGACCUGUAAAGAAAGUGUUAAAAGCAUUAGAUGAUCCAGAAGAGAAAAAAAAUGAAUUACGUUAUGUAAACCAUAUGCAAGAAUGUUUAAUUGAAAUUGGAUCUCACAUUGGUAAAUGCUUGGAAGAAUAUAAAGAUCAAGAUAAAAUUCGAGAGUGGAGAAGUAAUUUGUGGUUUUUCGUAUCAAAGUUUACUGAAUUUGAUUCUAAGAAAUUGUUAAAAAUUUAUCGACGAGGACUGCAUACAAAUGAAAAAUUUGAAAAAGAUACCAAAAUUAAAGAUAAAAUUAAAACUAAAGAUAAACAUAAAGAUGAUAAAAAAGUCCAAAAAAGUAUUGAAUCUGAAGAUAUACUCACACCUGUAAAACGAAAAUCUCGAGAAGGUGAAGAUACAGAAAAAGCACAUAAAAAACAAAAAUUCAACUCAAACAAUAGUUUAGGUGCUUCAUUAAUUACUCCAACUAUAGUUCCAUCUACUCCUCCAAGUUCUAGUAAUUCUUCUAGUGCUCCAAGAUCAUAUGAUCAAAGCAGUAAUCGAUAUGAUACUAAUUACAAUCACCAUAGAAAUAGAAGUACACCCUACACCUCUAGGAAUGAUAAUCGAAGUGAGAGUCGUAGUGACAGUCGAAGUGAUAAUCGAAGGUUUUCAUCUAGUCGAGAGUCUAAUACCAGACGAGAAAGAUAUGACAGUAGUUAUCGCAGUCGUCCUGGAUUCCGAGAAAGAGACAGAGAAAUUGAUUCUGAUAUGAGAAUGUAUGAAAAAAUGAGGUAUCAACAACAAGCAUAUGCUGCUUAUGGACAAGCAGCUGCAGCAAGCUUUUAUGGUCCUGAAUUAUAUAGCCGCUCAAAUUCAGCUACAUACUUGAGUUUACCACCAUACAGUGUUUCGACUGAUUGGCAUCCUCCUGCAACAGAAUACAGAAGAGAUUAUGAACGUAGACCUCGAAACAAUUCCUAGCCACUUGUUUAUCUUAGUAAUAGUACUAAAAUAAUUAUAACUAUAUUUAUUGACCUGAAUUCAAAAAAAUACAUUGUAAUGAUAAAUGUUUUAAUGUUUUGUUCGUUUAAAUUUUAGUUUUUUAAUUUUAUCUUGUACCAAAAUAUGUUAGAUUAUGAGUAGCAUUCAAUUACUGAACAUUGAUUGUAAAUAGUUUAUUUUUAUACAUAAAAAUAUUUUUAGUAAAAUUCUUAUAUAUUA